AUGGUGCCUGUAGCCACAACAGCAAACGCUCUCCGCAGCCUUGACAUCCCGCGCUCGCCUACCGCGCUCGCCCUGCGCGCCGCGCGGCGGGCGCUGGUUGAGGCCGGUCCGGACAUCGCUAAGCACACUGCACAUGCCGCACUGAUGCGCCGGGGCCUCUCCGUCUCCUCUGACGCCCAGAAAGUCACCCUGGGCAUGAUUGCCGUCUAUAUCGUAGUCAUUGCAUUACUAUGGAACAUUCCUUACGUUCGCUAUAUCCUAUGGCCCUUCAAGAUGCUGGUUAUUGCAUUCCACGAGUUCGGCCAUGCCUUCGCCUGCAAGCUGACCGGCGGUAAAGUCGAGUCUAUCUCGCUCGACCCGCACGAGGGCGGCGUCACGCACAUGCGAGGCGGCAGGAGCGGCAUUACUCUGCCCGCAGGCUACUUGGGCUCGUCCUUGAUCGGCGCUCUACUCACCUUCUGUGGCUUCGAUAUUGUCGCAAGCAAGAUCGCCAGCAUUGUGGUCGGUGUCUGUUUUCUACUGACGUUGUGGUGGGGCCGCAAAGAUUGGCUCACGAUCCUGACCAUCGGCCUCGCUGUCGGCCUCAUCGUUGCCUUCUGGUUCAUCGACCAUGCUGAGCCGCUGAGAUUCGUGAUACUGUUUAUUGGCGUCAUGUCGUCGCUCUACAGUGUUUGGGAUAUCUGUGACGACCUGAUUCUGCGGAAAGUGAAUAGUUCCGAUGCCAGCGUAUUCGCCAAGAGAUACGGCGGCUCAUCCCAGUGCUGGGGAGUGUUGUGGUCCAUCAUCUCGCUAUUGUUCAUGGUCGCUGGCAUCGUUGCUGGCAUUGCCGCCUUUCCUGAAUCGUUUGCCGAGCAGGAGUCAGACUCGAAGAAGUUCAUACCGACCCGAUAG